AUGCGCACUACCAAAUCGACUGUUUUAUUAAUAUGACAACUGAAAUAGUUCGGUUAAUUGGUCUUUUAAACGCCAUAACAUCGUAGUUCGUAUCUAUUUCAGUAUUUUAGAAGUAAACGAUACCUACAGUAGAAAAAUGGCGUACCGUACAAAAAUUGUUGAUCAGGGAGGAAUUUUCAACGCUUCCAGACCGUUGGCGUACAGUGCGGAGACUCGUGACUUUUUGAAUGUUUUGAUGAAGGAGUCGCGGUUGACGACGUUGCAGAGGAAAUCUCUACUGAGUAAUCUGAGGUCUGGAGGCAGCAGCUCAACAACGAUUUCAGCGGCGUCGAUCAACCGGCCAGCACCGAAGACUAACAAAGUUAUCAAACAGUUUAGGUCGUUCAGACCGCGGACUUUAAAAGACAUUGUGGAGUCCGGUGCUUAUCAACCUGAAGCGUACGUUCCAAAUCCAAAAAAAAAAAAUUAUGUCGCGGAAAAAGAAAAGCUACAGAGCAUAAUGACUAACGGAAAAGAGACGAAAAUGCAUAAUACAGAAAAAAAGAAACAAUUGGCCGAUCGGAAAAAGCCCCAAGAACAUACUAUAGAAGAACUCAUUGACUUAACAAUAUCAGAUAUUGAAGAUCGCGAACAAUUUCUCUUGGAUAUGGAGCAGUUGGGAAAAGGGUCGAUAAGUGGUCCUAUAAUUCAUGAGAUUCGCCAUCGAAUCAAAACACUCGAAUCGAUCAUCAAUAGAACUACGAGUAAAUAUAGGGCAACAGAUUUACAGAAUAUUGCCGAAAAAUACCGAAAACCACUAGGAAUACCGAAACCCUUACCAGGUUUCGUACCACCACCUAAAUAAAUAAUAAAAAUAAAAUUAAGACAUAAUAAUUUUAUUUAUUUGUAAUACUAUAUACUAUAAUAAUUGUUACUUAUUUGCUGCUUUUUAUUUAUUCCUAUAUUUAUUUAAAAAAAAAAAUGAAAGCGGAAAAAGCUCGUUCACACAGAUACACAGGUUGUCGAAAUAUAGUCCAUCAAGUUUCUAAGUGCAAUUUUAGAAAGUUUUGCCGAAUAUUUAACUAGAAUGGUAAUAAUGAUGUAGUUUUAAAAAACGAGUUUAGAGUCACUUGUGGUCCGCAGCCCAUAGGUUGGGAAGCGCUGGAUUAAUUCUUUCCGCCAAUUUUUUAUCAUAAUAAAUUGUAAAUAUAAGUUUAUAACUUCAAUACAUGGUCAAUAUGUUCAUGAAAA